AUGGGGCACGUGAGCGCCCUUCCCUCCGAGGUGCUGAGCAUCAUUCUCAACAAGGUGGCGACGGACGAGGACAGCCAGGUGCAGGAUCUGUGCAGGUCCGAAGCCGUGUGCAAGGAGUGGAAGGAGGUUGCUCGGGAUUCCUGCUGGCAUGCGCUACUCAAGAAGUUGCUGGGUCUUUCCGACCCUUGCCGCUGGGACGAGGCUGCUUGGUUGAUCAGCCGCUUCCACAGGGUCAAAGGUGGAAGAUUUGCUGCUUCAGCUGCAAAGCAGCUCUUCAAGCUUCACGAGUCUGAUCUCCAGCUACUGCAGCCUGCCAAGCAACGGGUGCGGCAGCACGACACUCAAGUGUUCCUCAUCAGGCACUAUGAUUUUGCCGACCUGCUCAGAGCCGCCCUAGCAAAGUAUGGCAGCGUGGAGCUCUACAGGGAGCACGUCUGGAGGUGCAGCGAGAGGGCAAGCAAGAGGGCCAGCACCGCCUUCCAGAAGGGGGUCGCGCGUCGUGAGCAGGUUGGCGAAGCACUCAAGUCAUUUGACGAGGGGGUGCGUGGCCUGGUUGCCGACGCCGUAGAGAACUACGUGGUCAGGAACCGAGGGACACUGGAGGGCGUGUUCAGGAGGGCAACAAACAUCAGGGAGCGCAGAGAAGACAUAUCCUCCUUGCUGUCAGAGGGGGGGCUCAAGCUGGAGGACGUGCCUCUGUGCGUGAUGUCCUUCCAGUUGUUUGAAAAGGGCCUUAUGGACAGAGGGCGCAUCGUGGACGAGUUGGCAAGGCACGUGGCCCUGAGUGAGGGGCUGAAGGCAAGGGGGGUCGUCUUCAACACCUAUUCCACGAGUCUCUGUGCCUGUCGACGCUACGUGCGCUUCUCCGGACAGCUCGCCCCCCUUCUGGAUGCUGUCGAGAUCCGCGAGUUCUACAGGUCACGCAUGGGCUGCCUCGAUGGGGAGAACCAGGCCCGCGCGCUGGCCAGGUGGAUGCAAGGGAGGACCGAGCUCGAGAUCCUGCAAGAUGCGCCCGAAGCAGUCUGUCAGACAGAAGAGUUUCAGCAGUGCCUGCUCAGGAGAUUUGACUGCUCGAGGUUGGCCACCAAGGCCGACCUGGACCCUUUGUUCUGCAUAGAAAACCGCAACAUACUGUCUGCCAAGAGGGGAGGCGGCCUGUGGCUGUACAAGCCUUAUGUGAUCCUGAAGACUCUCCUCUCAAUGCAAGAAGGAGACGUGCUGUGCUACUGCGAUUCUCUGUACCUGUUUCGGCGCAACUUCCGCCCAUACAUUGAUGAAUGGCUGAAGGACAGCAGCAUUGGGCUGGCUCGCAACAAGCCCAACGAGGGAUCCUUUUCCGAGCUGGAGUGGACAAAGAUGGAUUCAUAUCACAUCAUGGGCGUGAACUUUGAGCAUGCAUCCAAGACGCCGCAGGUGUGGGGCGGCUUCUUAGUGCUUCGCAAGAGCCUGUUCACGAUCCGCUUUGUCUCUGCGUGGCUGACAUACUGCACGGACUAUCGCCUGAUCAGUGACUGUCCGAGCUCGUUGCCGGACUGUUCGGGCUUCAAAGAGCACCGCCAUGACCAGUCCGUUCUAUCCCUCCUCGCCAAACGGUGGGGAAUCCGCUUCACCGAGUUCCCCCCCGGCCUUCUGCUCAACCUGCGAAAACCGCAGUAA